CUUCGCAGGAAACGCGCCUUCCGCAGAACGUGUGACGUCGCCGCCUUCGCCGUUUUCGCGAGCGACAAAUUGUUGUGGGAACUUUGUCGUCGACAACAUGGAUGCUGCCGGACGACAGCGACCUCUCUAAGGUACAAUGGGAUGUCGGAUUUCUUAAAAAGAAGAAGACUUUUUAAAUAAGAUUUUCCAACUCAUUCUUCGCCGUCAGUUGCUUCAUCGAUGAUGCAGUCGAAUCCGAUGCUGAGAUCCCUCAGUUCGGACUCCUCGCAGAAAAGGGAUUGGAAGCAGAGACUCAGUCUGAGGGAUAAUCGACGAAGGGAUCCGCUUCGUCAUCUGAGACGCCACCAAACGACGGAUGAAAUGGAUACCAGCACUGUGCGUCGAGGUUGUGGACGUCGUUGGACCAGCUUGAAGCAACACCCACGAUCAUGCACGGAACCCCUGACAGAGACGGGAAACAGCAGCGGCCUCUCGACUCCUUCGACAGCCAACACGAGCCCCCUUCCUGCGGCCGCAGGCGAGAGCACCAGGAAGAGUAAUUGGCAGGUGAUUGAGCACUUCGGUUCAAAGGAUAAUAAAGGGAGUCUCUCGUCGAGUCUCAUAGCGGUUGGCAGCGUGUCUAGAACGCCGCCGACGAAAGAAAAUGGCUCUGCUCCAAACUCGAGUCCCGAUCUAGAAGGUCACGAGGUCGAAGCCGAAUUAUUAGUGUCUUCGGCACCCAAGGCUUCGAUGGGCUUCUUCGGGAAACUGCUAAGACUCAUCAAGAAAUUAUUUAGUACUCACCAGUUUCAAAAUGAACAAGUCGAAAUGCUUUACCAGAGAUAUUUCCUAAAGAUGAACCAAAGCAAUAUGACGAAUUUGAUAUCUCUACUACUCUUGUUGUGUGUCGGUUUCCUACUAUUUGCCGCAACGGAUCUUGUAAUGGUACACCACUCAGAAACAGAUCUUCCUCAAGAGCACUCAAAGCGAUUAGAGAAAUUACUCGUACUCAUUGGGACCUCUGGCUGCUGCAUAGCAAUUUAUGGAGUUCUCCUGGCGGUCCUCUCAAAACCUGCCAUGAACGAAGUGUAUUUAAUCAUCAUCUCCUACUUCAUUUUAGUAACGUUUCUUACAUUAGAGAUAUGUAUUUCUUUCUUCACGGAGCGACAGCGACCGUUAUUGGGACCCACUUUCUCCCUCGCCACCACCUAUUUAACAUACGCUUUGAUGCCGAUCCGUCUGAAAGACGCCCUCCUAGCGGGAACGGUUUUGGCUUUGACCCAAGUUAUUUUGCUUGUUUACGUGGGACAAGUGUACGCCAUCGCAGACAUUAGUAGCUGCUUCGUGAUCCUCCUCUGUGGAAACGUAGCCGGUGUUUGCACCCAUUAUCCUCGCGAAGUGGCACAGCGCAAAGCGUUUUUGGAGACGAGACAGUGCAUAGAAGCCCGCCUGAAAAUCCAGCGGGAAAACCAGCAACAGGAGCGUCUUCUGCUGUCGGUCCUUCCCAGGCACGUCGCCAUGGAAAUGAAAGCGGAUAUUGCUGGACAACCAAAAGAAGCUCAGUUUCAUAAGAUAUAUAUUCAAAGACAUGAAAACGUCAGCAUACUUUUCGCCGACAUUUGCGGUUUUACAACUUUAUCCGACCAAUGCACCGCCGAGGAAUUGGUGAGAAUCCUCAACGAGCUGUUCGCAAGGUUCGAUCGGUUAGCGGCAGAACACCACUGCUUGAGGAUCAAGUUGCUGGGCGACUGUUACUACUGCGUUUCCGGUUUACCGGAAGCCAGACCGGAUCAUGCUCAUUGUACGGUAGAAAUGGGGUUGGAUAUGAUCGACGCCAUAGCUUUAGUACGUGAAGUGAUGUCCGUGAAUGUUAACAUGCGUGUUGGAAUUCAUACCGGACGCGUCCAUUGCGGGGUGUUGGGUCUUCGCAAGUGGCAAUUUGACGUGUGGUCAAACGACGUCACUUUAGCCAAUCACAUGGAAAGCGGCGGCAUUCCGGGACGCGUUCAUAUUACCAAAGAGACGCUGAAAUGUCUGGGUAACGAUUAUGUCGUCGAACCUGGAAACGGCGGUGACCGCAACUCCUAUCUCAAAGACCAUAACAUCGACACGUACUUAAUUGUUGCGCCGUCGUAUAGAGGGGGAUCAACGCCGUAUCAAAAUCAUUCAAUGAACGGGAACAUCUCCAAGGAAAUGAGGGUUAUGGGGCAUGGAUCGCAGCAUGGAAAACAUUCGUCCAAGCUGGGUUUCAGCGAUCCUCCUGAAAGGGAGAAAAACCCAGAAGAUGAAGUGAACGAGUAUUUGAUGAGGGCCAUUGACGCUCGCAGCAUAGACAGAUUAAGGACCGAACAUUGCCGGACUCUGCUUCUCCAUUUCCGUGAUCCAGUCAAGGAGGCCAAAUACGUCUUGGAAAAGGACAGAAUGCUCACUUUAUACUUCUUCUGCUCGACUUUCUGUUUCAGUGCGAUUUUUUUAGUGCAAAUUGUUGUCAUGAGAAGGAACGACACGGCAUAUUUAUGCUCAAUUCCAAUUAUUUUUCUCCUAGUCUUAGUACCCAUAAUAGUCUACAUAGAAAACGUCAACAUGGAGGACGUUCAUUUAAAGGUCUUUGCCGUGUCAAAAUUCAUACACAGAAACAGAAAUGUUGCUCAAAUUUUUUCUUUCAUCAUGGCUGUUUGUAUAUAUGGUUUAGUUAUGUUGCACGCAACGUCUAUUCCCGACGAAAUACACUGUCUCAAUUCGACCAUUGUCGAUACCAACUGUACGAACUUUACUAUUUACUCGUUGAAUAACGAAAACAAAGACUGCAAGCCCUACUUCUUGAUAGAUUAUCUUUUACUGCUCGUCCUGAUCUCGAUGAUUGCGUGCGCCGUUUAUCAAGUCCUUAUUUCGCUAUUCAAGACAAUCAUCCUGUUGGGUGGAAUGGCAGGAUUUAUUGCUGCUUAUAUAGCAUACACCAAAGAAGUGCACGCCAUACAGAGAUUUUUAUGUGUACCCAAGGGCGAAACGACUUUGACGCAACAGUACGUCAACAUUGUGAUAUUGGUAGGGUUCGUGAUUGCUCUAAUAUUACACGGCCAACAAACAGAAGCCACUUAUAGAUUGGAUUUCGUUUGGAAAUUACAAGCCACAGAGGAAAAAGAGGACAUGGAGCACUUGGAGGCGUACAACCGUAAAUUGCUAGCUAAUAUCUUGCCAGUCCAUGUCGCCGAGCAUUUCCUCAACAGCGAUAAAAAUAACGACGAACUCUACCACGAACAAUGCGACUUCGUCUGCAUCAUGUUCGCGUCGAUACCGAAUUUCUCCGAGUUCUACGUCGAGCUGGAAGGCAACAACGAAGGAGUGGAAUGUCUAAGACUUCUCAACGAGAUCAUUGCGGAUUUCGAUGAAUUGCUGUCCGAGGACCAGUUCAGAUAUAUCGAAAAAAUUAAAUCGACGGGAGCUACAUAUAUGGCUGCUUCAGGACUCACUCAAAACACCUGCGAUAUGCAAGGAUAUCGCCACGUGACCGCCAUGGCCGACUACGCUCUACAAAUACAGGAGCAACUCGCCGAGGUGAACGAGCACUCUUUCAACCACUUCCGCAUCAGGAUAGGCAUCAACGUGGGUCCCGUGGUGGCUGGGGUGAUCGGCGCCAGGAAGCCCCAAUAUGAUAUCUGGGGCAACGCGGUGAACGUCGCCAGCCGCAUGGAUAGCACGGGAGUCUUAGACAAAAUCCAAGUAACCAAGGAGAUGUACCAGAUUUUAAGCUCCAAGGGAUACCCGCUUACGUGCAGAGGGACUAUCCAAGUGAAAGGGAAAGGGACGAUGGAGACGUAUUUUCUGGAGGGUCGCUGCAAGAAGCCGCAACCAGAGACGAAUAUUACUGUGAAUCCCCUAGCUAAUCUUAACUCAGAAAAUAGCAAAACUUUCUCACCUCAUCAAGCAACUGUGUUAGAUACAAUCUCUGAGAAAAUCUAAGCUGAUAUAAUUUAUUUAUUUUUUAUAGUACGUACGCUGCAGAUGCAAUGGCCGUUUUCAGUCAAAGAUCAUCGUAAUGAUAUUGUACAAAAUGACAAUAAUUUAUAAAAAGAACAAGAUGGAAAGCAUCCGGUUGACUAAAAAUAGUCGUUGCGUUGCGGAAAUAUCUGUAAAUAUUGUUAGUUUCGAACUUAUUUUUAUGUAUAUAAUUUUUUUAAUAAAACAAUAAAUUUGUUUAAUUUACUCA